CAUCAAAUUCACAAGGCCCAUUAAUUUUUUCCUGUUGUUUUUUUUCUUUUCUGCCAGGGUUGACUUCAACGUUCCCAUGAAGGACAAGCACAUCACCAAUAACCAGAGGAUCAAGGCUGCCGUUCCCAGCAUCAAGCACUGCCUGGAUCACGGCGCCAAGUCGGUGGUUCUCAUGAGCCACCUGGGCCGCCCCGACGGCAACUUUGUGCCGGAGAAGUACUCGCUGGAGCCCGUCGCCGCCGAGCUCAAGUCCCUGCUGGGAAAGGACGUGACCUUCCUGAAGGACUGCGUGGGUGCAGAGGUGGAGGCCGCCUGCGCCAACCCCGCCGCCGGCUCCGUCAUCCUGCUGGAGAACCUCCGCUUCCACGUGGCCGAGGAGGGGAAGGGCAAGGACGCCGCUGGAAACAAGACGAAGGCUUCCCAGGAGCAGAUCGACUCCUUCCGGGCGUCCCUGUCCAAACUGGGCGACGUCUACAUCAACGACGCCUUCGGCACGGCUCACAGAGCCCACAGCUCCAUGGUGGGCGUCAACCUGCCCCAGAAGGCGGCCGGCUUCCUGAUGAAGAAGGAGCUGGACUACUUCGCCAUGGCUCUGGAGAAACCGCAGAGGCCCUUCCUGGCCAUCCUCGGCGGCGCAAAGGUGAAAGAUAAGAUCCAGCUGAUCAACAACAUGCUGGAUAAGGUGGACGAGAUGAUCAUCGGCGGCGGCAUGGCCUUCACCUUCCUCAAAGUGCUCAACAACAUGGAGAUCGGCAACUCUCUGUAUGACGAGGAGGGCGCCGGCAUCGUCAAGGACCUGAUGGCCAAGGCCGAGAAGAACGGCGUCAAGAUCACGCUGCCCGUCGACUUUGUCACCGCCGACAAGUUCGACGAGAAGGCCGCCACGGGUGUCGCCACCGUCGCCGCCGGCAUCCCCGCUGGCUGGAUGGGCUUGGACUGCGGCCCCGAGAGCUCCAAGGCGUACGGCGAGGCCGUCGGCCGAGCCAAGCAGAUCGUGUGGAACGGCCCGGUGGGCGUGUUCGAAUGGGACAACUUUGCCAAGGGCACCAAGAACCUGAUGGACAAGGUGGUGGAGGUCACCAAGUCGGGUUGCGUCACAAUCAUCGGUGGGGGCGACACUGCCACCUGCUGUGCCAAGUGGAACACUGAGGACAAGGUCAGCCACGUGAGCACAGGAGGCGGAGCCAGCCUGGAACUGCUGGAAGGCAAAGUGCUUCCCGGAGUGGACGCCCUGAGCAACGUCUAAACUUCCUUCCCAUCGACCCGCUGACGUGUGUGAGCGCACGCGUGCGUGUUUGUGAGACAGAGAGAGCAUGUGAAUGUGUGUAUGCUGAGAGGUGAGUAGCAACUAAAACCAGACUGGUGUUAACUUGUGCAAAAAAGAAAAAAAAGAGGAAAAAAACAAACCAAAAAAAAAAAAGACGCACACAGCCAGCGGGCUUUAUCGCACAUCAAAACUGUGACGAGUCGAACUUGUGCCUUAUUGGGACACGACUCGGCAACUACUAGAGUAGAUGGAUUAUUAAGGUGGAGGGUAUUUUUAUUUUUUUUUUUGCUGUGAUGAAAACUUGACAUCACUCCAGACUUCAGAAAGUGCGUGUUACUCUCCUCCAGUCAUUCCCUGCUAACUUGUGUGUAUUCACGGCAUCACUACUGAUACACAAGGAACGGUUCAUGUGGCGUUUGUGUACCUUCUGACCUCGGGUCGGUUCUGGUCGCCAGUUCAAGUUAAUAAAUGUCCCUAAAACCA